AAUGAGUAGUAUCCUGAAUCCACAGGUUUUGUCUACUACCGUCGUCGCAACAAAGAGCUCAGGGUUUUAUCUGACCAAAACAAAAAAACCUCGAUUCAGGUUCCAGCAAAAAAGGUUAUGGCGACGACGGAAGAGAGUGCGAAAAAGAAAGAAGGCUACAACCUAUUAGGUUCACCAACAUUCAAAGAGAUUGAAAACGGCCGAUUCAAAUGCGUUGAGACAGGUCACGAGGUUCUCUCCAAAGACAUACCCUUUUACUCCAACAGCAAAAAAUGUCGAUUGGGUCUAAUCGAUUUCGCUCUCUCUAAUAAAAAAUCACCUCUCAAUAUGUUCAAUCAAGACCCUCUCUGUCGUUCGAAAUUGAUAUGUAAGUUAACCGGAGACAAUGUUAAUAAAUCGGAAGAACAUAUCUGGAAGCAUAUGACUGGGAAAAGAUUUCUCAAUAAAUUAGAUCAACAAGAAGAAGGGAAGUUGUCAGGCAAAGGAAAGGAAAAUGACGAGAGUUUACAAGAGAAGCAAAGUGUAGAUUGUUUUACUAAAGCUGAAAUGAAGAAGAAGAACAAGCAGAAGAACAAGAAGAAGAAGAGGACAAAGAAGAAGAAGGAUAAGAAAGUUGAAGAGAUUAUUUCUGAAGUUAGGAAGUCUUGUAAUGAGGAAACAGACUCAGAAGAAGACGAGUUCUGGAUGCCUCCUGCUGGAGAACGCUGGGACAACGAUGAUGGAGGAGAUCGAUGGUGUUCAGAUUCUGAUUCCGAGUCAGAACAGGAAACUGAAGAGGGGGAUGUAAUUGAUGGUGUUGCUGAUGAGGACUGCAAUGAGUCAGAAGAGUUAUCGUCAAGAACAAAAAGAAUGUCGAUAGAAAUUGGACCCAGCAGCUUUGCUUCUAGAAAGAAGAAAAGUAAGAAGAACGAUGAGACUUGAUUGAUAACUGAAAUUUAGUUGAAGUGAAACUAAGCAAGGCAGAACUUUUGCAGCAAAUGAUUAAGUUUUGUCAGAUACAAAAUGGACUUGGGUUCAAAAUGCUUUUUCCAAAUGAACUGUAACAUGUAUCAAGAAGCUGUUUUUUUUCAGUAGAUUUUUUUGUGAGAUUAGCUUGAAACAGUUAAAUCUUGUUUCAAAUUAAGCAAUUAUAUCAUGAUUUCACAACAAUUAUUGUAAUAUUCCUUUACACCAGUCAUAUGGGUGGUAAAUUUUGGUGAGAUUGAAUAAACUUGUAACUUUGGAUGA